AUGCUAGAGACGCUGUGGGGUUGGAUCAGUCAUGCUACUAAAAAUUUAGCCACCUUAUUUUCAGGUUCCAUCUUUCAAAUGGAUGCUCGCAACACCACCGAGUACAACGCCUUUAAGAGUUAUCCCAGUUCGGCAUCCUUGUUGUGGCAGAACUUCCAAAUUAAGGAGAAAAUCGUUCAUGUGAAAGACACCCACGAUAGUUUUCAGAUGGCCAGUGCAAUUUGUGAACUAGUGGCAGAGAGCGUGGUAGCAAUCUUUGCUCCAGUGUACCCGGAGACACUUACAAUUGUCAAGUCGAUGGCAACGCAGCAUCGUGUCCUAUUUUUUACCACCGCUGACGCCCACCAUUUCGGAACUGGUGCAUUGGAUCUCAGUGGUGCAGCAAAUAUUGUAAAACUGCAACCACUUAAAGCGCCUGCUAUGCUGGAUUUUAUGAUGCAUGCUGAAUGGGAGGACGUCCUCUACCUCUACGAAUCAGAGGAAGCUGCUUACAGACUGCGAUGGAUCCUUGAAAAAGCCAUUAAAUGCUCACCCACCUUUACUGUCGACUUCCGACAGCUUCGAUGGGACUCGGAGGCGUCGGCUGAUGGAAAGAGUGGCGGUAGUGUAGGAGCUGGAUGUACAGGCCUGAGACAGCACGUAAAUUCCCGUACCAACACUUUCUAUCGCAAAUCCAUCCUGGUGGAUUUAUCAAAACGAGAGAGCACAGAGAAACUCAUAGCUGCUAUUGGAUCCAUUAUGCCACAGCGCGCUGAUUUGCACUUCCUCAUUGUCGGAGGGGACAUAAAGUACAUCAAUGACAGUUCCUUGCAAUUCGGUGGCAUCAAUAUGACGGCCUUGGCUGACAUAGACUUUGACUCAGUGGCGUUGAAGGGGUACAAAGCCGAACUGAAUCCACGCGCUCGUCUAACCGAUAUGACCAAUGGAAAUCUAUCGACUGAAGCCGCACUACUCAUUGAUGGAAUGAAAAGUCUUGUUCAAGCUCUGAGCCUCCUCAAUGAAGAUGUUUAUGCGGGUCGUAUCAGCAGACCUGGCCUCUAUACUAACGGUGAGACCGCUACGGCUGGAAAUCUGCCUUGCCAGCCAACCUCGCCACCUCCGUUUACGGCUCCCCAAAUAAUGGAAAAAUUGCAGCAAAUAGUGUUUGCGGGAUUGACAGGGAACAUGAGCAUCAGCAAGAGUGGGUUCAGGGAUGCCUAUGCCUUUCAUCUCUGGGGCGCCAAGAUGAAACAAUCAUUUGCAAAGGUAAGCGCCCACCUUUACACUUUCAACUACACAAAUAAGAAAAUAAUUUUUUUUUUGCCUUUUAAGUUGGGAGAGUGGAAUUCCCAAGACGGCAUUGUGAUGAAAGUCUCCACAGGUAAAAACGACUCGGAGGCCAGUGUGGAUCUCAACAAGAUUCGAAUUGUCUCCAGCAUUUUGCUAUCGCCAUUCAUGAUGGAGAAGAAGGACGUGAAUGGAAACCCUAUUAAAGGCGAGUACGAGGGCUUCUGUGUGGAUUUGAUCCAGAAGUUGGCUGAGAUGAUUAAAUUCAAGUACAAGAUGAAAGCUGUUGCUGAUGGACAAUUUGGCAGUCUAGUCAAUGGCACUUGGGACGGAAUGGUUGGAGAGUUGUUGAGAAGGGUGAGCAAAAAAACCAACUUUACUGCUAUACUGCGACCUCUUUCAUCAAUAAUAUACAAAAAUGAGAUGGUUCUAUUAGUUCUAGUUGUCAACUCGUCUCGACUUGAGGGAAAGUUGUUAGAGAAGGGAAUUGAAGCAGACAUUGUUGUGGCUCCACUAACCAUAACAUCCGAUCGUGAACGUGUAGUGGAUUUCACUACACCCUUCAUGGAGUUUGGACUCUCUGUGAUGUACCAAAAGAUCGAUCGUCCUCAUCCAGAUCCUCUAUCCUUUAUGGAGCCUCUUUCAACAGAAAUUUGGAUGUGUAUCUCCUUUGCGUACCUCGGUGUCUCUGUUGUCCUCUUUCUUGUCAGUCGUCUCUCACCUGCAGAAUGGGGAGCUCCAUUGAAUAAUUUCAAGACUUUGGCAGAUCCCAACAUGGAGGGGGACGACGGCGAUGGAGCAGUGACCAUCACUCACACAGACAGUAUCUUCUCAAUAUUCAACAGUUUUUGGUUUGCAUUGUCAACUUUUGUUCAACAAGGUGGAGAUAUUGUUCCAAGCUGGCAAUUAACUUUCCAUUGCCAUGACAGGUCUCUUUCAGGACGAAUAGUGGGUGGUGCAUGGUGGUUCUUCACCCUCAUCAUUGUCAGCUCCUACACGGCCAAUUUAGCAGCCUAUUUGACUGUGGAGAGGAUGACAAAUCCCAUCCAAUCCUACGAGGACUUAGCAAGACAAUCCAAGGUCAAGUAUGGAAUCAUCAAGUCGGGUUCAACGAGGGAUUUCUUUGAGGUGAGCUAUUCGGUAAAUACGAAAUUUCAUCCUUAG